AUGGCCAAGAGCCUGCGCUCGAAGAUCAAGCGCAAGUUCCGCACGGAACUGCGCAAACGCAUCGGCGUGCCCCACGAGGCGAUCCGCGAGGCCAAGAUCCAGGAGAAUCUCAAGAAUGCGAUUGCUGCGCAAGGUACUGGCACAUCAGUAGCCAAUCUCAAGAAACUGAUGGGUACAUCAGUGCCAAUGUCUAGUGGUGUUAUCACUGGAGUCGUGUCAGACUCUGCGCCAAAGGACACGGCUGGGCUGGACCAGGAGGUUGACGUCCCAAUGACAGACGUGAAGAAGGACAAGAAAGACCGAAAGAGGAAGAGGAAGCCCAAGUUUGUGCACUUUCACCAGCUGCGCAAGAAAGGUGUGUGA